CCGGCGGGCGUCGCUGCGGCCGGGCGGGGGGAGCGUGCGUGGUGUCGCGAUAGUCGGCGACAGCCGGGCGGAUGGGCGAUGGCGGGAGUGAUGUUCUGCGAGCCCCGACACCUCUACAAUAUCAUCAACCAGUACCGGUGGAGAUCGCGGCUGACGGAGCCCAACUACCUGUGCCUGCUGGAUGCCCGUUCUCAACGUGAAUUCGAUGCCAGCCACAUUAUUACAGCCCAAAGGAUUGAACUGAGUCCUGCAGGGGAGUAUCUGAUCCCAAAUCCCGAGGAGCUGGGCUAUGUCAGAUUCUGUGUGGUGUAUGACCAUGACACUGGCAUUUUGGGCUGCACUGACUAUCAGGAGGAGGAGAGAGAAACAGGGGGCAGCGCUGCUCCAGAGACUGAAAUCAGCAGCUCAGGUUCCACAUGUUCCCAGAAUGCCGGGGAAGGAACUGCCCUCCUCCAUGCCAGAAACUUGGAGCAGUUCACCCGCCACCCCGUGCUCCUCCUGAAGGGAGGGUACAAAUAUUUUUCAGCUUGUUACCAUUUCCUGAAGAGUGAGAAGACACUGUGGAUGCCUCAGGAACUAGACACCUUCCAGCCAUACCCUGUAGAAAUACUGCCUGCAAAGCUAUAUAUGGGCAAUUUCAAGCAGGCUAGUGACAAACAAAUUCAGAAAGAUCUGAAGAUCAAAGCACUGGUCAACGUCUCUGAACAGCCUGUAACACUGUUUGCAGAAGAAGGUAAAUCCCUCCAUGUAUCUGUUCCAGAUUCACUUGAAGCAGACCUUUUUUCUUCCUUCCCCACCAUUUCUCAUUUCAUAGAUACUCAGCUGGACGUGGGAGCAGUGCUGGUGUUCUCCAGCCUGGGGAUAAGCCGGAGCAGCACAGCCACCAUGGCUUAUCUGAUGCACUCCUGCCGCUUUUCCCUGCAGAGAGCUUGGAAAUACCUUCUGAAGUGCAAAAUGAACAUGAGACCACACCGGGGCUUUGUGGAACAGCUCUCAGCCUGGGAGACCCAAAUCUAUGGGUGCCCAGUCACAGACGUCUCUGAACCAAAUUACUGACAGAGAACAUCCCAUGGGGAAAGCCACUUCCCUUCACCUUUCUGGGGAGAAAGUUACUUGAACACUGUG